UCCCACCCCCUACUUUUCCGAUCUAACGCUGAACUUCAGACGUUAAUCAAUCGAGAAGAAAAGAAGAAAGAAAAUUACUACAUUGAGACAAGAGAAACGCAAUGACCACAGUCGCGGUAUCUGCACCCAUUGAGCCCCAGAAAAAGAACAGAAUUCAGGUCUCCAACACCAAGAAACCACUCUUCUUCUACGUCAAUCUCGCCAAGAGGUACAUACAACAACACAAUGAGGUUGAGCUUUCUGCCUUGGGGAUGGCAAUUACUACAGUUGUCACAAUUGCUGAAAUUUUGAAGAAUAAUGGACUGGCUACUCAGAAGAAAGUUUGUACAUCCACAAUUGGGAUGAAAGAUGAGAACAAAGGUCGUCUGAUUCAAAAGGCCAAGAUUGAGAUUGUUCUGGGAAAGUCUGAGAAAUUUGACUCUCUGAUGACUGCUGCUACAACUACACCGGAUGCCGCUGCUACAACUGCACCAGAGGCAUCAACUGAGGAUCACAAGGAAUGACAACUUAGUCAUAGAGUCAUGACAACUCCCUUUGUUGUACUUUUGACAUGAUUCACUUUUAUAAUACUCGUUUGUAGAGAUAAAUAGCAGAUAGAUACCUUCUUUAAAUGGUCCUUUCUAGUAAGGAAUUGUCACUUCAAUCAAGCAAGUGGCUUUACAAGGCAGUUGCAGUUGUAUGCUUUUGUUUUUGCCCUUAUCCUUUACCCAUAUAGUUGUAGAAAUGAUCUCUGUCAAUAAACUUCUUCUCUCCAGAGCUAUAUUCAGCUUCCAAUUCUACAACUAAUUAAAACUAUCUAUCGACUCUUGGGGCUCA